AUGUUCUACGGCACAUCGAAAGCUUUGCAGCUUGCCGGCCGACCCGCUCUCUCAUCGCCACUACAACAAAGACUCUUUAGCGCAUUCCGAGUGCUCGAGGCAAACAGGGCAAUCUUGUACGGAGAUGUCACCUUCUUGUCGGAACACAAGUGGAGGCUACAUCACUGUACUGGCAACGGACACACUGGGCCUCCAGACUUCAUGGCAACCAUGACCGAGCUAUUGAUUGAAACAUCUGCAUUCAGCAAGCACGGGCUUUUUGAGCAGGUCGAGCCAAUACCAGAAGACGUAAGGUUGUGCAAUCUCGUCGUCACAGCGCUGGCUCGCAGAGGCCAUGAGCUGAAUCAGAUACUCAAUGCAUGGUAUGAUGGCAAUGCCCCGGCGUCAGAGUUCGCGGAUCCUUUCACUCAACUUGCUCUUGCAAACUUUUACGCCGUUCGACUCUUUCACUGCAACAAUUUUACUUAUUACACAUGUUGGGAAGCUGGGACAGUUCCCCAAUUGGACAAACCUGAGAUUGACGCAUAUGUGGCCAUAAUCACAGACUUGUGCGAUCAGAUCCUACAAACAUCGAAUAUCCCAGGGGCAAUCCUUCUCUUUCCUCUGCGAAUGGCUGGAGCGCACGCCAGAUAUGAACCACAACGAUACAAUGUGCGGCAUUUGCUUCAUCAAAUACAUAACAACGGCUUUGUCGUAGCACAGAGAAUCCAGACAGACGUAUCGGAGCUUUGGCAGUACCAAGCUGGUAACAAUCUUGAUGAGUUACGGAUGUAA